UCAGACGGCGAAUCACGGGAACCCACGUGUGGUGCUAGGGCGCAUCGUGAAAGCGCACGCUUAAUCCAGCGAUCCGUGGGAUUGGGCAGAGGGAGUGGAGGUUGAGUUUGGGAAAAAAACACGGUUGGUAGAGUUGAGAGUCAAACUUAUUGGCUCAGAUAUUUGUGCAGUCACGUCCUCUCUUGCUAACCUCCACCCUCAACGCGGAGCUGUCCAUUGGCACUGGUGCUGAAACGCGUAGGUUCUCAAUCCCUCACAGCGGUGCGAGACAGUGUCGAGAGUAAAACAUUUGGAUGAUUGUAUUGACUUUAUCCAUAUAUUUUUGAGAAGCUUUGGUGGAUAUCCAUUGAUUUACUCAGCUUUCAUCAAGAGCGCAUCAAAGGUCCACGUUCUGACCCGGUCAGUUAACGGACUCUAAGAGGCAUAAAUAUGGCUUUUCUGGUGAAACAAAUGGUGGGAGGGCAUGUGAAGAACCUAACCGGGGGUUUGACUGAGGAAAAGCCCGAAGGAGAGAAAUCGGAAGCCGCAGCGGCAGGAAUGACCCAGGAGGAAUUUGAACAAUAUCAACAACAGUUAGAGGAGGAAAAGCAGGAACGAGAUGCUAGUUUUGCGCAGAAGAAAGCUGAGCGGGCAACAGUUAGAAGUCACUUCCGGGACAAAUACAGACUGCCAAAGAAUGAGCUGGAUGACACUCAGAUCCAGCAGGCGGGGGAUGACGUGGAGCUGCCCACAGAGCUAGCCAAGAUGAUCGCUGACGACAACAAGGAGGAGGCAUCCAAAACGUCUGUCCUGGGCCAGCUGACCAACAUCCAGAAUGUGGACAUGGACCAGCUGAAGGACAAGGCCCAGGCCACGCUGGAAGACCUCAAACAGUCUGCUGAGAAGUGCAAUCUCAUGUGAUCUGGCUGGCUGACUGAAUUCCUGCUCUCUCUCUAUCUCUCCCUCCCUUACUCUCUUUAUCUGUACAACAAAGGAUUAUGUAAGAUAUCAUAUGAUCUAUGAUCAUGUACAAACGUUGAUAGUCAUGUUGCUUUGAAUACACACACAUACAGUCAACACUGCCUCACACACACAAACAUACUGCAGCAGCUUCUGGCCAAGGAAUCAGAGUAAACACUGUCUAAGCUGUGGGGGAAUCAGAGUAAACAAUGUCUAAGCUGUGGGGGAAUCAGAGUAAACAAUGUCUAAGCUGUGGGGGAAUCAGAGUAAACACUGUCUAAGCUGUGGGGGAAUCAGAGUAAACACUGUCUAAGCUGUGGGGGAAUCAGAGUAAACACUGUCUAAGCUGUGGGGGAAUCAGAGUAAACAAUGUCUAAGCUGUGGGGGAAUCAGAGUAAACAAUGUCUAAGCUGUGGGGGAAUCAGAGUAAACAAUGUCUAAGCUGUGGGGGAAUCAGAGUAAACACUGUCUAAACUGUGGGGGAAUCAGAGUAAACACUGUCUAAGCUGUGGGGGAAUCAGAGUAAACACUGUCUAAGCUGUGGGGGAAUCAGAGUAAACACUGUCUAAGCUGUGGGGGAAUCAGAGUAAACAAUGUCUAAGCUGUGGGGGAAUCAGAGUAAACAAUGUCUAAACUGUGGGGGAAUCAGAGUAAACACUGUCUAAGCUGUGGGGGAAUCAGAGUAAACAAUGUCUAAGCUGUGGGGGAAUCAGAGUAAACACUGUCUAAACUGUGGGGGAAUCAGAGUAAUAGUCUUAUGCCAAAGACCCUUCGCAGAAAAGCAUUUAGACAAUGGCACAAAGUAUAUCAACUAGUCAUAUUAAGUGUGAGACUAAAUCAAACUUUCUUGUCUAGGGAACACAUUCAGUACAUUACAAACCAAGUGUCUGUUAUAUCUAUCGCAGGCGUAAAUGUAUUUGCGGUUAGCCUGUUCUGUUGUCCAUCUAGUCUAUGGUCAUUAACUCGUUGGGGCCUUGCUAAGAGACAGCUCGUCCUCUGUAAUGCCAACCCAUCUAACCUUUCAACUCUAGCCUUUAACCUGUCCUCAUAUUGACCCAUGACCUCUCCAUCUCAGUGUUGUUUUGUGCUGGUGGUUUGGUGUCGUUUAAACGCUAUGAUAUGUCAAAUGCUGUCUUUGAAAAUGUCAUCCUCUGGCUGAGUGCUGGUCAUAGUGUUUAAUAAGUACACAAUACUAUGAACAUAUAUGAACAUAUAUAUGAACAUAUAGUAUUUGGUAUUUGUCUGAUUUGUUGUUGUAUCACUAAAUAAAGACGCAGGUGAGAGCAGGAGAGGGGUUUGUCAACCUUAUUUGUAUUACAGUAAUAUACAGUAUAUAUUUCUCAAAUACAGUGGUUCAUGUCUUGUAAUAGUUGAACAGUCCUUUUGUGACAUUACAGUAAUUGCAUUUGAAGAAAGGAUGGUGAACAUGCCUUAGUAGCUUGUUUUAUGUGAUAGCUACUUUGUGCUUUCUUGUCAGUUCCAUGAAGCAAAACAAACAAGUGUGAAUAUAAUUAAUUCUUACUCAAGUCUUACAGAGCCUGAUCACCUAUACAUAUCUAUCUGUAUUAAAAUGUGUGACCUGCAAUGAUACUUGAAAGCCAACAGCAAGACCUUUCAUUUCCAGUCACCCUAUGGGGUGAUUCAGGUUGAUCUCAUGAUGAUAUUUCAGGAAGAGACAUGUUGUUCAUGAUGUUUCUGUUUCCUGUCCACUCUUUGCUUCUUUUACAUCAUCUUUGUUUUUCAAUGCUGUAUGAAACGUAUUGAUUUUUGACUGACUGUUGAAACCAUAAUAAACAGAUUUUUAUAA